AUGAGACUAACUAACAAUGAAAUCACUGUUAACAACGAAAAAACAUCAAAUCAUAAUGGUGAAGAUGAAAUAUAUUUAUCUGAACAGGCUAAAUAUGAAUUUAAUUUCUACAAUGAUAUUUUGCAUAGUUUUGAAACUUAUCGUCAAUAUAUACUUCAUCAUGAAUCUAUUACGGAACAUGGUCGAUAUUUGGCUUUAGCAGAGAUCAAUAGAUCACAUAUUAACUGUAAGAAAGUUCUAAACUAUGUAGCUGAAAAUAAAUCAAUUCUCAGUCAAAGUUUACCGACUAAAGGUCCUUUAGUAAUAUGUGGUCUACCAAGAACGGGUACAACAUUACUUUACAAUUUACUAUCAUGUGAUAAAAAUUGUCGAGCACCAUUAUUCACAGAUAUGUGUAUUGAUAUUGUUCCACCUAUUGCUCGAUCUGAUUCAAUUCAACAACAAAAACGAAUAAAUACAAUAUUAUCAUCUAUAGAAUUAAAUAAAUAUUUUACUAAUUUUCGAAGUCGAUUGACUGAAGUUCAUCCAGCAUAUCCAAUUGAAGAAGAUUAUCUUAUUUUACGUCAAGCUACUUAUUUAUUCUUUUUCACAUAUAUUAGCAAUAAUAAUGAAAUUGAUUCAGACAUUUGGUUGAAUAAUGAAAUGGAAAAAGAUUAUGCCUAUGAUUAUCAUGAAAUUUUCUUGCGCAUGUUAAAUUCAGUUGAUAUGCCAUCAUCGCAUUGGUUAUUAAAAUCACCUAUGCAUUGUUUAUAUUUUGAUACAUUUCUACGUCAUUAUCCUAAUGCAUCUUUUGUUAUAACUCAUCGACAUCUCGAUGAAGUACUUCCUUCAUUAUGUAGUUUAUCAUGGGAAUUAGCUCGAUCAGCAUUUGAGCAACAUGAUGUAGUUGAUCCAGAACAAAUAACGAAACGAUGUUGGCAGUUAACCGAUCGAAUGAUUGAUUGUAUUAUGAAAUUUUAUGAAAGUCAAAAAGAAAAUAUGAAUUCAAAACUAAAUAUUCUUUUUAAUGUUACUUAUAAUGAUUUAAUGAGUAAUCCUAUUGAUGUUGUUCAUCGUAUUUAUGAUCAUUUUGGUCUUGAUUGGUCAACAGAAUUUGAAAUAACAAUGCAACAAUGGCUUGUAGAAAAUCCUCAAGGAAAACAAGGUCGUCAUUCAUAUUCAUUAAAAGAUUUUAAUUUAAAAUUUGAAGAAAUUGAAACACACUAUGCUGAUUACACAAAAACUUUUCUUGCUUAA